GCCAACCUUACUACAGUCUGCGGUCCAAAAAGGUGUACGUGAAACACGCUCGCGCGACUGAUUUAACCGGCGGUCGCCGUACCGCCGGGCAUGUUUACUGGUUCCGCCGGCGCACACUACAUAAGGGUCCGCGGCGAACGGAGACCUCGUGUUGCCCACACUUUCUUUCUGAUUCACUGUGUUUAUGUUUCUUCGACGCCUUCAUUUCCAGUAUAAAGCAGUUUCCCAGAAAUGGAGAAUUUCUUGAAAGGUGUGAAUGACGAGUUUUCAUCCGACAGAUUCUUUGCAGUUCAGGACAUUCAACAAUGUCCAUUUUUGAGGAACAUCAACGAAGCCACAAGCUUCUCUUUCUCUUCCCCAAUGAAUUUCCUCACAUCAAUCCGAGGAGCUAAAGGUCCAAUAUUUGAGGAUGGGCCCAAUUUCAAUCUGGCAUUCAGGCUAUUCCAUGGUUGUGAUGGAGCCGUUCCCCUUUCAGGGAGGUCAUUUCCCUCUUCUGAGAUUUCAGAGCCUCCCUAUCCCACUCCUCAAUUUAACCCUUUGGCAGCAAAGGCAGCCACCAUUAGCCUAUCCGCUUUUGGACCUGGUGGGCCCUUCAGCUUCGACGCCUUUAAUGACAAAUGGAAGAAACAAGAGAAAAAGCCCUGCAAGAAGGAACCCUCUAAACAGGCAGACUCUCAUGAAGCCAUGGGCAAUGAGUGGCUUGAGACCGGAAACUGCCCUAUCUCCAAGUCAUAUCGUGCAGUGAACCGAGUCCUACCCUUGGUUGCCAAAGCCCUUCAACCACCACCAGGCAUGAAGCUCAAGUGCCCACCAGCUGUGGUUGCGGCUAGAGCUGCCUUGGCUCGAACUGCCUUGGUAAAGACCCUGAGGCCCCAACCCUUGCCUGCAAAAAUGCUCGUAAUUGGAGUUCUUGGAAUGGCAGCCAAUGUGCCUUUAGGCAUUUGGAGAGAACACACUGAAAAGUUCUCUGCCUCUUGGUUUGUAGCUAUACAUUCAGCUAUCCCCUUCAUAGCAAUGUUGAGGAAAUCAGUUUUGAUGCCUAAGUCAGCAAUGGCAUUUACUAUUGCAGCUUCAGUUCUGGGGCAAGUUAUUGGGUCAAGGGCUGAGCGCAUUAGGCUCAAGAGGAAGGCACUCUCAUCUGAGAUGAUGGGGAAGGUAGAGAGUAAGGAUGUCAAUGUGGAAACAAAGGAAAAGAUGGUGGGUUUAGGGGGUUUAAAGAGAGGAGAGAUGAUGACAUUAGUAGGAGGUUAUAAUAGAGAUAUUGAGAAAGAAGGGAUAACAAAGGUUGGUACAGAGCAGAAGCGGAUGGAAGCAAUGGGCAGGGCAACUUUAACUGGUGUGAGCUUGGAGCAAGUGGGAAGGGAUGAUGGUUUUGUUGGGCAUGCUAUAGAAGUUGGGCGAGAGGGUGGCGAUGGGCUGCGCAAUGUAGCUGUAUGCUUUUGAAUCAUGGUUCCCUCGCCCUCUCUAUUCGAGUGAUCGAUCUUUCCCUCGUGUUGAAAGCAUACAAGGAUGGUGGAACCGGCUUUGUCCAGAAACUACAGAUUCUUUGUUUUUUGUUGGGUAAAAUCAGUGGGGAUUACGAGCCCCUACCCAAUUAUUUAUUCUUUUAUUUAUUUAUUAUUGAACUAGAAAAUCUUGAAUAAGAUGUAUUCAGAUCUGUAAUUGAAUGAUAUAUUUGUUUCCUUUUAAUAUGAAUGGAUAGUUUGCUA